CUGAUUGCCCAAUUCCCCUGAAUUCCCUUGACUGCACUUUGGAGAGAGCAAAAUUUUCGGUGUCGGCUUCUUGCGAUUGGUUUCAUUGUGUAUCCCUAGCAUGCUGACCAUCGUCUUCUGGAACUCCAGUUUAUAGAAAAUUCCGGUGAUUGCCAAUUUGGCCUGUACGAAAGCUUUUGGUGUUGUAACAACAGAAUAGCAUGGAUGAUUAUCGAUUUCGCACUCAGCAGUCUCCGAGAAACGAGGCGCCGAUGAAUUCUCUUGUCUCACCGCAGAGAAAUGGCAGGCCCAUGCCUCCUCAGCCAGUCUCGCAAGACCCUCGAACGACUUUGCCUCGACGGUUCACCACCGAUUCGGGGCGUGUACCAACAUUGUCCACUAUAUCUACCCAGCGAAUGCCGGAACCACAAGAAUAUUCUGCCACGCAGUAUAAAGUACAACUGUUAGAGAAAAAGAAAAUCGAGUAUGAAAAGCUUCGAGAGCAGAAGCGGCGCUUCGAGGCCGAGAUGCAUAAAUUGGACCAGCAGCAGCGUCGGGAUGAAUUCGAUAUUGCCCAGAUGCAGGAGGAUCUAGGCCGAGGAAACGGGUUGACAGGUCACCAGUCCGAGCCGACGACGCCCCCCGAGUAUCGAGAGACAGGCUCGGGAUUCCCUACCAUGUUCUCUCGUCCUAACCGAUAUUCGACUCCUAGCCUUGGUCUUGUAUCUCCGCCGGGGCUUUUCAAUCGACCGGGGAGAUCCGGAUCUCAGCUCACCUCUCCCCAGUCGGGCAUUCUUCAGUCUCGCUUUUUCGACGACGCUAUACCAUCCCGUUCCGUGCCGGGAUCUCGUAGGAACAGCGACGAAGACGAGAAGGAGGAGGCUCUUCGCCAGGAUCCUACAAGUCAUCGAUCAACUAAUGCUCUUAAUCGGUAUUCUAUGCCCGUUACACGUCGCGGCAAUCUCUACGAUAACAUCGAUCAGACCAACACAACUGGUUUUCUCUUUAGAGACGACGAAUCCUCGAUGGAUUUGAACAACUUUUCCAACAUUGACGCCAGUGAGGACGGUUUCCCUCAGCUCUACGCGCAGAAAGGAAAUCCCAAUGUGUUAUCUGCUUCUUCUGCUGCAGUUGACCUCGCAUCUCACCGUGCAAGUGGUGAAGCUACCCCUACCAACGGCUGGGCAAACAUUCCCCGCCAUCGACAACAGCAGAGUCUAUCUACCCUGGGAACGUCCCAAAUGAAUACCCCCGAAAGCAUGUCUACUAGCCAAGCUGGCUCAUCGGCUGAUACUACCUCUGUUGGUAGUCGCCCUUUCCGUCACUCACUUGAUGUGAGCCAGUACAGGGAGACUAGUACGGACACCGCAACUACCUCAACCAUGACCCCCUCAUCUACUCAGGUGCUCUCUACACCUCCCAAGCUACAGACAUCCUUCUCUGCAGGCGAGAUAGCUGCCGUCAAGAACGUCCCUAGCGCCACCUUGACUCCCUCGAGCAAUGCAAAUGCCCAUGCCCAACAGCACUUCCACAACCACAAUGCGAGCAUUGGCCGAAUCCCCCCUGGCGCCAUGAAACGUCACAGCCGUGAGCUUUCCAAUGACAACCAUGCUGCCGCCGCUCAAGCUGGUGCACCAUACCCUUCAAUUUCAUCGCAGUUGCAGGGUGGCGCUCCUGCAUUUGGCCCGAUUGCAUCCAGCCAGGCCGCCGUUCAGUCGCCUGUCUCUGCCGGAACAGGGGCAGCAGCUGCUGGUUCGCCCUCAUCUCUUGGGCCUUACCAGCAAUUCUAUGGUGGAUACAGCCAGCCGAACCCUAACGGCCCCGGUCCCGGUCCUGGAUACAACAUGAACAUGAUCACAAUGGGCAUGCAGAACAUGGGAAUGAACAAUUACCCUCCCCAGAACUAUGUCGGCUACGGUCCCAUAUACCAGCCUCAUGCUCAGCCUCGAGACUCUCAGCAGCGUGUAAUGCAGCAGCGUCGUGCUCAGGAUAAUGAGGCCAUGACCCGUUAUGCCAACCUAUCCUUGGAGCAGGUAGGAGGUACAAUCUACGAUCUUUGCAAGGACCAGCACGGCUGCCGAUACUUGCAGAAGCAACUCGAGAACCGAAACCCCGAACAGGUUCAUAUGAUCUGGCUGGAGACGAAUCAGCAUGUCGUCGAGCUUAUGACGGACCCCUUUGGAAAUUACUUGUGCCAAAAGCUUCUGGAAUAUUGCACCGACGACGAGCGUACUGUACUGAUUCAGAACGCGUCUGCAGAGAUGGUCCGUAUUGCGCUCAACCAGCAUGGCACGCGAGCAUUGCAGAAGAUGAUCGAGUUUGUCUCGACUCCUACACAUGUCCAGCUCAUCAUCGAGGCCUUGCGAUAUCGAGUCGUCGAACUCAUCCAAGAUCUCAAUGGAAACCAUGUGAUCCAGAAGUGUCUUAACAAGCUCAGCCCGGAAGACGCCCAGUUCAUUUUCAGUGCGGUCGGCAACAAUUGUAUUGAAGUGGGCACCCACCGUCAUGGCUGCUGCGUGCUCCAACGAUGCAUUGACCAUGCCUCGGGAGAACAAAAGAUGUGGCUUGUUACUAAAAUUACCGAGAAUGCCACUCGACUUGUACAAGACCCCUUUGGCAAUUAUGUGGUUCAAUACAUCAUUGACCUGAACGAGAGUGUCUUCACCGAGCCGUUGAUACAGCAAUUCCGUGGCAAGAUCAGCCAGCUGUCCCGUCACAAGUUCAGCUCCAACGUUAUGGAGAAGUGCAUCCGUUGCGGCAAUGACGACUCCAAAGACAUGAUGGUCAACGAACUCCUGGCCCCGGGCGAGAUGGAGCGCCUUCUACGUGAUUCGUUUGGUAAUUACGUUGUUCAGACCGCCUUGGACCAUUGCACCUACCCCAUGAAGAUUCCGCUGGUCGAAGCCAUCCGUCCGAUUGUCCCCACUGUCAGAAACACUCCGUACGGUCGCCGCCUUCAGGCCAAGAUCCAGCAGCAUGACACUCGAAGUGCCAAUACCAGCGGACAGGCCACUCCCGCCGACCCAACCCAGGGUCAGAUUGCGAUUCGUCCCCCCCACACUCGCGCCAUGACGAGCCAGUCUAUUGUAUCGCCACCUGGUCCCUAUACGAAUGGUCACAGCCCCAGCGGUAUCAACGGUACUCGAGGUAGAAUGGCAUACCCUCCCCCCAAUGGCAUGGGCGUGCCCGGCAAUGCUCCUCCGCAACCGCCACGACUGGCCCAGUACCCUACAUACCCUGGUGCUGGUGUUAACCCCGGACCUGGCGAAGGCGAUUUCUUCUAGAUGUUUCUCAUGCCUACGGCGGUCAUGAUACUUGUAACGGUACGAUAAUGAACUCGGACGAAAAACCAUUUUCGGUGGAAUUUUCCCUAAUGGUCGGUUACGUGGUCUUCGUGGCCAUUUCGCAAAGAAUGAAUGAGAUGCUUCAUACGAGCU